AUGCCAUCGAUACUGACCUUCCUGGUUCUCGCCGGCACAGCCAAAGCAGCCACACCAUUGUAUAGCACUUACGAGUUCAACCCACUGCAGCAUCUGAGCGGCGUAGCGCCGUACUUCGAGCCGGCAGAUCCACCGCGGGAUCCAAAUCCACCAGAAGGAUGCACAGUGACCAGGGCUGCUUACCUUGUCCGCCAUGCUGCUAUCAACGCCAAUGACUUCGACUCCGAGGAAUACAUCGACCCAUUCCUUGAAAAGUUAGGCAACAAGUCAGUAGACUGGUCUAAGUCACCUGCUCUCUCAUUUCUGAGUUACUGGAUACCGCCAACUAUAGUCGAAGAAGAACAACUGACGAGGACCGGCAAGCUGGAAGCCGCCCAACUUGGCCUGACGGUGUCCUAUCGCUAUCCAGGCUUGCGGCUGCCUGAACGUGUCUGGGCUUCCACUGCAGAGAGGACGGUGAAGUCUGCACAGAGUUUCAUUCGUGGAUUGGAGGUCGAAGAUGACACGAUCAAUCUGGUAGAGAUCUACGAGGGCGAGGAAGACGGUGCGAAUUCGCUGACCACGUACGAGUCUUGUCCGAAGUACAAGUCCAGCUCGGGAUCUGAUCAGGAAGCAACCUACCUUGACAAGUACACUGCUCCAAUCAUUGCUCGAUUCAACGCGAAUGCGUCUUCAUUCAACUUCACCUCAGACGACAUCUUCGCCAUGCAGUCCAUUUGUGGCUAUGAGACGGUCAUUCGGGGGUCGUCCCCAUUCUGCUCGACGGAGAUCUUCUCGCCUGACGAAUGGCUCAGCUUUGAGUACGCGAACGACAUCUUCUACCACUACAACACUGGCUAUGGAAACGACAACAGCGGCGUCAUCGGUUUCCCUUGGGUCAACGCCAGCCUCGGUCUUUUGACGGCGGAUCAAGCAGACCAAGAUAUUUAUGUCUCGUUCACGCAUCGUGAGCUACCACCAACUGUCUUGGUAGCUAUGGGUCUCUUCAACAACAGUCAAUUCUCCGGCGCGAACAACGUCAAUGCCACUAUGCCUUUGGAUCAGAUCAACUACAACAGGGCCUGGGUGUCAUCGUACAUCUUGCCGUUCCUCACCAACAUAGCGAUAGAGCGCAUGAAUUGUAGUGGACCAGAGUUCGAGGACUCGGAUGAUUCCACGUACUAUCGCGUCAUGGUCAACGCCAGUCCGCAGACGCUGCCGGGAUGUAGCGACGGACCGUUGGAGAGCUGUUCGGCGUCUGGAUUGCAAGACUAUCUGAGUGAACGGGCGGCAAUGUUUGGCGGCUUUACGGAAAGGUGUAACGCGACAUAUUCGAACUCAACGGACGUAGUCAGCUUCUAUACGAAUUCUAAUAAUGGGACCAGUGUGGGUUGA